UCGGCCUGCAUUUUGCGCGAUGUUUUAUAAGUACGUUUCCUAAUAAUGAAACGUGAGAGAAAUUUGAACUAACGACAUCAAAGAUGGAUCGAGUAAAUCUCUUUUUUGUAACUUUAUUUGUGACAUGUGUCUUUGUGAAUGCCAGUCACUUUAGAGGCGCAAUCUUCUCCUGGACUCCAUCUGACGACGGAUCCUCAAUAACAAUCAGCUUUCGAAUAUCGUGGAGAAAAACAUAUGAAGGAAAUUGGUGUGAUGAGUCAACCAUUACUGAUGGUACCCUUAUAGGAGCCGGAAACCUAGUUUGUUCGAGCGGUUGUAUUGGCCACGUUGGGUCAUUAGCUUUCCAGUGUACAGAUUAUAAUGAUAAUGAUGACUGGUCAACAGGGAGGCAUGACAUUACUUACGCAGUCGAUUCUACACAGUUUUCUUUCAGUUUUUCCGACUGUUGUUGGAUCAGCACUCUGGUUGUAGGAGCGGGGGGUAAUUGGAAUGUGCAGGCUACAGUCGACCUUUCAGUUCGAUCUGACACUGAGCGGAUAAAUUCAUCUCCUACAGUAGAUAUGACCCCUAUGUUAAAUCUUCAACAUGGAUGCUUCUAUAAAAUUGAACUUCCGGUCGGAGACGUUGAUGGGGAUAUAGUAAGAUGUCGAUGGGCAAAAGGAUCAACGGAAUGCGCAGUUGUUUGUAAUGGAUUCAUUGGUGCCGUAUUAGACGAGGACAACUGCACAAUUACAUACACCGCGGACAAAAAGUCGGGUCUGUACCCAGCUGCAUUACAGAUCGAGGAUUUUACCAGCAUACUUUCUACGACAGCAUUGAGUAGUAUUCCGCUACAAUUUAUCGUAAGGAUUUACAAUGGAAGUAACUGUGACGACGUUCCAGAAUUUAUACAACCGACCCCUGAAGGCAAUGCUUGCUUUGCACUGGACGUUGGUGACACUUAUAAUGUAACCAUAAAAGCAAGAGGUCAACGAAAUUUUCAUAGAAUAACAACCAUAUCUGCAGUUGGAAUGGUGCGAUCAUCAGAGAUAAAAUCGAGUGAUUCCUCUAUUUAUUAUGUUGAACUGAACGUCACCUGGACUCCAACAAAAAGCGACUCUGGGAAAGAUCAUUCUCUAUGUUUCUAUGCGACAGACAGUUCAGGCAUAACAAGUACGAUGAGAUGUAUAAAACUGCCCGUGUCUGUUUCUGGACCGACACCGUUAAGGGUUGAGCGUGUGGGACUGACCAACACAUGGAUAAUAAUAAUAGAUCAAACGUUCGAAAGACCAACAGAUCCUGCCUUUAUCGAAGUUUUCGAAACUUCUACAAACAGAAAAAUACUAUCAGUAGAUGCUUCAACAUCAUCUGAUGUUGUUUUUGAUCCCAUACGCCGACAAAUCAAUGUAACUUUCCAAUAUGUUUUUGAUAUUGAGGAAGAUUAUCACGUAUCUAUACCGUCAGGUCUUGUGGAAGGAUAUGUCAGCUGUGGUGCACUCUCUGUCCCAGUCAACGACUCGAGUUUCUGGAAAAUAGAAGUUGAUUGUGGAAAACUGACUAUUCCGAAUGGAGUCGUAUCAGCCCCGAAUGGAACGGAUUAUCCUCACAGUGUGACGUAUAUGUGUCACAUAGGACAUGACCUAGUUGGCACGGAAAACAGAACAUGUACGGCUAAUGGAACCUGGACAGAUAGCGAACCAUAUUGCAAGCCAAGAGAUUGCGGGAACUUCCGAAAACUGGUUAAUGGAUAUGUUUCAACAAAUUCAACUAUAUACAACACGACAGUAAACUUUUUUUGUAUUGCCGGUUACGAAGUCUCUGGAAAUGCAAGCAUGUUUUGUGAUCAUACUCCGGCUUGGAGCUCGCCGCCUCCAGUUUGUGUUAUAAUAGACUGUGGUGCACCUACCGAUCUUGAAAAUGGAAAUGUUUCUACGUUAGAAGGCACAAUAUAUCAGAAGUGGGCGACCUAUUCAUGUAAUUCAGGUUACAACCUAACGGGUAGCGGUUCAAGACAGUGCCAAUUAGAUAAAACGUGGAGCGGUUCUCAACCAUUCUGUUUGCCGAAAGAUUGUGGUUUGCUCGCUCCACCAAUAAAUGGUACAAUUGACAUUACAAACACCACUGUAGGAAAUACAGUCACAUAUAGCUGUGGUAAUGGAUUCAUUUUACAUGGUGAUAACAAGAGAGAGUGUCUGCAAAGUGGGUUCUGGAACGGAAUCAAUCCGACAUGUGAAAUAGCCGACUGUGGACAGCUGAAUAUCCCUUUCCAAGGAAGUGUUAUUGCUAGUGGAUCGACGUAUGGUAAAACUGGCGUCUUCUCUUGUAAUAAUGGGUAUGAACUCCUAGGAAACAAUUUCACUGAAUGUCAAGCAAAUGGAUCCUGGUCGAAUCCUGGGCCUUCUUGUUCACUUAUUGAUUGUGGAGAACUGCCACCAAUUGAUGGUGGUGUAUAUUCAUUUAAUGGAACAACAUACGGAGAGGUAUUGACAGCUGAAUGCAAUGUUGGUUACGAUCUUCACGGAAGUAGCUUACGGCAAUGCCAAUCUUCUGGAAACUGGAGUGGAUCUACGGCAAUCUGUACGAUAAAAGACUGUGGACAACUGCGACCGCCUACUAAUGGAACUAUUCUCGUAUCCUCAACAACAUAUCUGUCGACAGCGGAAUUUCAGUGUAAUGAGGGACAUGACUUGAACGGUGACAUCAUGGUCCUUUGCCGCGAUGAUGGACUUUGGAAUGGGACUACACCGUUCUGUAAAAUAAGAGACUGUGGACAUCUUUCCGUUCCUCCUAACACCAGACUUGAUGCAAAGUCGACAACCUUCGGCUCUAUAGCGUUUUUCAGUUGUGAAGAAGGUUACAGUCUGUAUGGAAAUUCAAAAAGGCACUGCUCAAAGAAAGGAGUUUGGAAUAAUACCAGUCCAAGUUGUAUCAUUAAAGACUGUGGUAACCUGACCGACCCCGAGAAUGGUCUCGUGAUUUACAAUGCGUCAACAUAUGGUUCUGUCGCUGUUUACAUCUGUGAUGUUGGCUUUAAUCUGACAGGCAGCAAUAAAACCGAAUGCUCCGAAGGAGGGUUUUGGACUGACUCCAAACCGUCUUGCCCGAUUAUUGAUUGUGGGCUUGCUGGAAAUCUAACAAAUGGAGAGGUGUCUGAUGGAAGUACAGUUUAUGGGUCCGUUAAAACCUUUUCGUGUGACAAUGGAUAUGAAAUGUUGGGGUCAAACAUGUCCAAAUGUUUGGAGAAUGGAUCUUGGAGCGACAACCCUCCUACGUGCAAUGUAAAAACUAAAUCUACUGCAUCUACUGCAGCAGCAUAUUGGCUCAUUGGUGGAGGUGCAGUUUUUAUUGUUUUGGUAGUCGCUGUAACUAUAACAGCAGUGGUAGUAUCAAGAAGGAUGGGAAAAAGAAAACAAAUGACAAGAAACUAUGUUGACAAUAGUGUAAAUAUGGAUGACAUUCAACUUACAGAUAGCAGGCAACAUCAAAAUGGGUCCCAAGGAUCUAGCUUACGGCAAAGUGAUUAGCAGAGUUAUGCCUUGCGGACGACUCUGGACAGGAUAUUUGCCAAGUACAUCAGAUAUCAACGAAACCUGAUAUGAAACGUUAUACGAAUGUUAUUAAGAUGUUUUAUAAUCGUCAAGUGAAAACGUGUGGAACAGCUCUAUAAAAAUAGGAUUAAUUUAAAGAUAAAUGUGUUAAUUCUAUAUAUAUAAAUAUCUGUGCGAACUUCAAACUAUUUCACAUUGGUCAAACAAAGAAUGAACUGUGCAGACGUAUGCUGAAAGUAAAUAAACAAAUGGCCAACAGUGAGAAAAAAAACUGCAUUUCAUAAACAUCUUAAAACCGGGGCUAAAUAGCGUUUGGCUGUGCUAGCAAUCAUAUUUCUUCUCCAAUUGGUCCGCACGCCCAGCGGAAUUUAAAAACUGCAAUGUUUUUAACCAGCUAUUUGUAAUUUCGGUUUAUGUUAUACUUAUUCACCUACCUUAAAACUGAGAAUACUAAUAGUAAAAGUAGUUAGAAAUAUUAAUGUUAUCAACAGUGAGUAAUUUUGAUACAACCAUUGCUUUGAAUUUCAUUUUUAGCUCAUUUUUUACAUUUCAGUUAUAUUUUUAAAUGUUAUUACCUCCCUUGAACUUUUGAUGAGAUUUAUAUAUUUGAUUGAAUAUCACAUUCUUCAUUUAUUACUAGUGGGUAAUUUGAGUAAUUCUUUCUUUUCAAAAUAUCUAAAAUUGAUUUUUAAACUAUUUUUACAUGUUCAAUUAUCCAAAUUGUUAUUACUUAAGGUGUCACUUUCAACAUCUAGUGGGUGGGGGCGUGACGAAUCAAAACUGUUAAAUUUUCAAAUACAUCCUAUAUGUUUGAUAAAAUCUGUUACUGUGCCAUUCACUUUCAUUAAAACUAUACACUAUUGUACAUAAUGAGCAGAUUUGGCAUUACAUAAUGAAAAAAGUUACUUUUCACAUCUUCAUCUCGUAUGCGUUACAUCUAACAUUGUGGCCUUGUCUCAAAAGUGAUAUAUCUUUACAGCGGGUGUCAAGUGCUGUGUGGCGGCCGUAAAAAGUCGCCCCGACUUCAUCUCAGUGGUGGUGUAUUUUCUAGUCUUCGGGAUCAUUGAUUUCAACUCAUUUAGAUUUGAAGAUUGAAUACUGCUUAAGCCGGUGCCAGGGGGUGUGGUCAGUGUUGCAUUUUCCAUUACUGCUCAUGAACAGACCCAAUCAAACCGAGUCUGCAAUUCAUAACAUUCAAGCCAUACAGGAGACAUGUACAGCUAGAUAAUCCUAUAUAGGACAAGCUAGCUAUAAUAAAAUUUGCAAAAGAAAGAACAGUAGAUCUAAUGCUCUAGAAAAUUAUGCUACCUUGCUUGCUUGGCCUUUCCGUUAAUGUAGCUAUAUAGGUACGCCUUUCCUCCACUUUUCGUCGGUUCCUCACUAUCGUAUGGUAGAUUUUACUGGCGACAGCACAUUUAUUUGGUUGUUGUCUUAGUUUAUUAUCAUAAGACAUCAACUCAACCUUACGUAAUAUGCCAGCAUUUUCGUCGAAAUUCUUCCCUACCCAGCCAGUUGUGUUAUAUUAUUAGACCAGAUUUGUUGAGCGCCCUUUUCAUCUGGAAUAUACGUUCAAAGGCGCUUUACAAUUAAACAUGUGACAUAUCGCAGAUAUGUAGGAAAAUAACAAAACAUGACAUAUGCAAUCACAAAACUGAAACUGAACAAUUUGAUUAAACGCCUUUUUCAUAAAUGAUAUAUUCAAUGACGUUGUACAUAAUAAUAACAAGCAAAUUCGAUGAAUUGGUAUCCCCCGCCGAAAGGGUUUGUGGUGAGGAAUGGCAAAAAGAUAUAUCCGGCAAAAAGUUAAGGAUGUUAAUAAGAAGCAAAUAAUUUCAUUAGUCAAAAUCAAUUUAACAGAAAACAAAUGUUUAAUUAAAGAGUACACAAUAAAUGUAUGAUACUUUGAUCCGGACUAAAGAAUUUAUUUUGAAUGGGAUAUGCUUACUGUAAUAAGCUUAGCUUUUAAAAUUAAAUGCAGUUAAUUGAAAUGUGAGCUUGAAGUUUAACUGGAAUGAAAUAUUGUCUUUGAGUGGUUUGGCACCAGGUGUUGCUGUUU